GCGUGCCAACAAGGUUCAGUUGUCUCCGGUUGCUUGACGCGAUAGCUCGCAUCUGCGUUUGUUUCUCCGUGGAAUUUGGGAUUCGCGGCUUAGCUUGCGAACCCUCAGCUCAGUGGAAGGCGAAGAGUUUCGGUCAGUUAGUAUGUAUUUAAUGGUUCGGUAUUUCUCGGUGCUAUAGUGAAGGUGUUUAGUUGUCUGUCAAUAAGUGAUACGAGAAUCCGACCGAAAAAAAUUGUGAAUGAAUCGGUAGAACUGCGUUUUGGGAAGCAUAAACGAUCGCCAGAUCAGUCAGCGGUUCAGCAUCUGCAAUUGACACGAAGUGGUCUUUUUGAAAGAAAUUUGUGAAUCUGUGAUAGACAAAACAUUAUGCAUAAAGUUGUGAUGAGCAAAGUUUACGACGUGUGAAGGAAUUUUGAAGAUUGUGAAAAAAGUUUUUAUUUUCAGUGCUAAGGCUUGAAAUUGUUGUGCAUCAUGAAGCCCAGUUUCAAGUAUAUCUGCUCGUUCCUCGCGGUCUUCAGUGUGAAGUACAUCACGUGCGAUAGUUUACCGUGUGAUUUCAUCGACUCAGUCAACAUUACCGAUGGGGUUCGCGACGGUUUGGGAAAUAUCAUCCACAACAAUAUUUUGUACAAGCCCAAGUAUUAUCGGACGAUCGACUAUGACUAUGAGCACUUUUCAGAGAAAAAGUUCGUAGCCAACUACAUCCGGGGCUGUCCGUGCGCGGUUCGACUGUGCGUGCGAAUGUGCUGCCCCCAGGGACACGUAUUCCACCGACGGAAAUGCGUACCGUCCGAUGGGGGGCUGGAGGUGCGUGUGAAUACGACACUGUACAAUUCGCAGCGUAGCUUCGAGGUGGUCGACUUAGUGCAGAACCCUACGUACGGAUUUCUGUAUGGGAAACCAUGUGAAUUCGUGUACGAGUUGGAUCCAGCGGCAGACGCCGCCGAUGAGUGGUCAUUUGCGAGAAAUGGCAGCAUCAUCUACGAUACCAAACUGUUGACAAGGAACCAGUAUUGCUUCAUGCAAACAAAUGAUUCGGAGCCUGUUGUGCCUUUUGUCUGCUUCGAGCCGGAGGAGGACUUCAAGUAUGCCUUGUAUCCCAUCGGCAUGCUGCUGUCGGUGCCGUUCCUGCUGGUCACCUUUUCCGUCUAUGCGUGUAUUCCGGAGCUGCGAAACAUGCACGGAAAAUCACUGAUGUGCUACGUGUUUGGGCUGGCCGUUGGGUACACGGUCCUGUCGCUGGUGCAGAUGCGAAUAUUCGAGGGCGAUACCACCCCUUGCAAAGUGACCGGGUACAUGGUUUACUUUUCUUUCAUGGUCAGCUUCUUCUGGCUGAACGUUAUGUCCUUCGACAUCUACUGGACGUUUAGUGGAGUCCGAGGUGCCAAGAGCACGGAACGAAAGAAGUUCGCGCUGUAUUCCCUGUACGCCUGGGGCUGUCCGGUGCUGAUUGUCACACUAGCCCUUGUUAUGGAUCACACCGAGCUCGUGCCGGUUAAUUUCCGACCUCAGGUGGGCGUGAAGCGAUGUUUGCUGCAAGAGGAUAAAUACGUGGAAUUUAUGUACCUGUAUCUGCCAAUGCUGCUGCUGGUGUUUGCAAAUGUAAUAUUUUUCGUUAUUACUGCCAUACGGAUAAUCAAGAUUCAGCGGGAGACCUCGAUGAUUAGGCGUGGUGACUCCAAGCGACAUUCUAAGCUGGACAACGAUCGGGAUAGAUUUAGUCUCUAUUUGCGUCUGUUUAUCGUGAUGGGUGUCACCUGGUCCCUGGAGGUGAUUUCCUGGGCCGUGGACAACGUGGCAUGGAUUUUCUACAUCUCGGAUGUGUGCAACUGUAUUCAAGGCUUUCUGAUUUUCAUGCUCUUCGUUUGGAAGCAGAAAGUAAAGCGGUUAAUUUACAAAAAGUUCGGUAUUCCGCUGGGCGACCAGGAGCCAUCGUUGUCGACCUGCAGCACGCGUACGACGGCAACGGUCAUAACGUCCUCGUUCAACGGAUCAAGGUCGGAGAAACCGCUUGUGACUCGGCUGACCAGUGUGGAUCACAGUGGGAUGAGAACACCGUCAAUACAGUCAGAAACGGCGGCGAAACAGCUGAAGGCGCAUCAAUUCGGUUGAACCGGACCGGCGUACCAAUUCUGCUGAGGAAAAUUAGUGCAACUCCGGUCAGGAAAGCGGAGGAAAGCGUACUGAUGGUUUCGCACUCCGAUUUUUCGGCGAAAGCUAAAAUGAAGACCAAAGAAAUGCUGGUGGCUUCGAUUUUUCUAGGUUACCAAGUACAAAGUAUUUUCGUUUCUGAGACAGUAAAGCUAUACAUGUAAAUGUUAAGUGAAAAUCGUAGUACUUACACAUUGUAACAAUGAGUGUCAAAUUAAACAUGCCAUCUAAAUGCAUUGUGAAUUUAUAAAGUCAUAUAGAGUUUUCUCAAGCCAUCGUUGGUUGUAAGCAAACCUCAUAGAUGUUUGUGUUGAAUAAAUGGAACCUCAGCGAACAUUUUCAUUCUCAUAUGAUAAACUGAUCAGAGAAUAUGUUUAAACAGUUCGGAUUAAAUUUUAUCAUAAAAUUUAGUAACAUAUAGAUGUGUAUUUACAACCUUUAACUUUUAAUGUUGCAGUGCUAAGCUACUUUAGUGUAUUAGAGGACAGCAUAAAUUUAUUUGGAUAAAUAUUA